CCUAAAUACAAAGAUAUGAUGGACGCAAAAAUGUCCAGUAAAAUUAGAUGCUCUGGAAGAGCCCUGGAAAAUGAAGUGAACACAAACAUAAGACUUGUAUAAACCGUCAUCCACGCCCAUCUUCGCAGCUUACAUCUCCUCUAUAUAAUUCAUAUUUGCGUACGAUUCCGUUGUAGAAAGUCUAUUUGAUUUGGGUAAGCCACCACUCCCCAUAACGCGUCUUUUACAAAUUGAUCGGAGUAAUUGAUCCAUCGGUGUCGUCAAAGAUGGAGAACAAGAAAGAAGAACCGGUGAUGGGGAUCCCCUACAAUUCCAAUUACCAACAUCCUCCUGUUUACGCUCCUCCACAACAGCAAUACUAUGUCGGAAAUAACCCCAAUUACCAACCUCCUCCACAACAGCAAUACUAUGUCGGAAAUAAUCAAUAUCAAUCCGGCCAGAUCCCUCCCAACGCCGUCGUCGGUGAUCCCAAAGGUGUGCCUCUUCAGCAGACGAUUUAUAGAGACACUCCCGCUCCCAUUAACUGCGCCUUCUGUGGCAGCUCCGGUCUCACCAGCGUCAGAUCAAAGAUAAGUCUGGCUGCUUUUGUUGGUUGUGUGACACCAUUCAUGCUUGGAGUAUGCUUUCUUUGUCCAUCAAUGGAUUGCCUUUGGCACAAGUAUCAUUAUUGCCCUCAUUGCAAUGAGAAGCUUGCUGAUUUUGAGAAGAAUGAUGCAUGUUUGGUGAUGGAUCCUCCAAGUUGGUAUCAACCAAGUUUUGCGUUGCCUGCAUAAUCAUGAACUAUUAUAAGCUUACAAUCUUGUCAUGUCUUUGCAUUCUUUUAUGUUGAAUGUUUUUUUUUCUGUAUAAAAGUCCGAGUGAAUCUUACAUACUUAUAAAGCUUGCAUUUUCCUU